UUAAAACAUCCAAAAAUAUUACUCCGGUCCGGUGUCAAAACCAGAACGAUAUUAACGAUAUGCGAUCAUACUCUGUUGGUCGGCUCUCAAGCGUUCUCCUCUUCCUCCGGAAUCCUGCGUCCACAAACAGAACGGUGCCUUCCAGAAGAUUCGAUUUUCGCGCCACAAGUCAGAAUAUGGAUAAUAAGAGAAAAGAACAACUGUAUCGAAAUGAGAGCAACGUUAAAUUCAAUCCUCAAGUUCAUCAAAUCCAACGACUCCUAGAAACCGACUCGUCUGGUGGUUGGGAGAAGUGCUGGGAGCAGGGAUUGACCCCAUGGGAUUUAGGACAGCCAACACCUGUUCUAUUGCACCUUCAUCGGACAGGAGCCCUUCCUAUGGGCAGGGCUUUAGUCCCUGGAUGUGGCAGUGGUCAUGAUGUGUUUGCAAUUGCCUCCCCUGAGCGCUAUGUUGUUGGGUUAGAUGUAUCUGGCCAAGCCAUUAAGAAAGCAGAAGAGUUAUCUUCCUCAUCACCAAAUGCAAAUUGUUUUACAUUCUUAAAGGCUGACUUCUUCACUUGGCAUCCACAUUCUACUUCUUCCUCAAAGUUACUUAUUUUAAGUUUCUCUUUAAUCCUAAUGCAGUUAUCUUCCUCAUCACCAAAUGCAAAUUGUUUUACAUUCUUAAAGGCUGACUUCUUCACUUGGCAUCCACAUUCUACUUCUUCCUCAAAGUUACUUAUUUUAAGUUUCUCUUUAAUCCUAAUGCAGUUAUCUUCCUCAUCACCAAAUGCAAAUUGUUUUACAUUCUUAAAGGCUGACUUCUUCACUUGGCAUCCACAUUCUACUUCUUCCUCAAAGUUACUUAUUUUAAGUUUCUCUUUAAUCCUAAUGCAGUUAUCUUCCUCAUCACCAAAUGCAAAUUGUUUUACAUUCUUAAAGGCUGACUUCUUCACUUGGCAUCCACAUUCUACUUCUUCCUCAAAGUUACUUAUUUUAAGUUUCUCUUUAAUCCUAAUGCAGUUAUCUUCCUCAUCACCAAAUGCAAAUUGUUUUACAUUCUUAAAGGCUGACUUCUUCACUUGGCAUCCACUCUUGUGAGACAAGUUCUAUUUAAAUGGCUAAUGUCCUAAUCAUCUAUUAUAUCUGUAUAGUUAGUGCGUAAUAUAUAUUCUGAAAUCAGAAAAAUUUUCGCAGAUUGAUGAUCAUGUUGGUGGACCCCCAUAUAAAGUAUCAGUCUCUGACUAUGAAGAGGUAUUGCACCCCUUGGGCUUCAAGGCAGUGUCCAUUGUCGAUAAUGAUUUGGCGAUUAAAGCUCGAAAGGGAAGAGAGAAGCUUGGAAGAUGGAAGAGGUCUUCGACUCGCUCCUUGCUAUGACAAUUUGAUGGCCGUCUCACGGUUGAAGGAAUUGCAGUUGCUAUGUUCUUGUUUCUGCUAUCGUUCACAUCACAAUGAUGAACUCUGUAAAAACUGGCAUGAUUUAACAGAGAGAAAUGUUGAAAUUUUGGAAGGAAGCAUGGAAAUGCAUCUUGAUUAACAAUGUUUAGCACUUCGUUGAAUUAAUAAAAGGAUAUGCCUAUUUAUAUGCUUA